UAUUUCUGUCGCCAGUUCAAGAGUUACUAAAUGAAAUAUAAUUAAUUUAUUAAUCCAAAUAUUCCUGCAUUUUCUUUGAAAUUGUGCAGUGUGUCCGUAGCCUCCUUGUUAAUCAUUCUCUGUCAAUGAAAUUAUGCAGCAAUAAGCUGGCAAUUAACGCUGCUAAUCUUAUUUACAAUUCGGCCUAUCUUCUAACAAGAAAUUUGUUCAGACAAGUAUAUCUAAUGACUUAUUGCUUAAACUCUUUUCAGUUGAGGUAAUUAGAUUAUCUAAAUUCAGGGCACCAUAUUUUUGUCUCAUUUUAUUUUCCAACUCCAUAGGUACACUCAUGAAACUCUCUCCACAUCGGUCAAGAUCUGCACGAUGUUCAGUUUCAUGGAAUUAGCAUACAACAUUCCAAGAACGCUGCAUUCUUGCAGAAAGCACUGUUUUUAACGUUUUGGACAGAAAUUUCAAGCAUCCAAAAGAGGUUGUGGGGAAGCCAGGAAUCGGUUUCAUUGCCCAAAUCCAGACGUAUUUGAUUUCUUUGAUGAAUCAUAAAUUUCCUUUUGUUUCCCAUUUAUUUCACGACCACAUGAUGACAGAUUUAACAUCUCAGUUCUUCCCAUUAUAAAGCUCGAUCCUUUCUUCCUUCUCCCCUUUUUUUCUUCUUCCUCUCAUGGCAUCUGAUGUUGCCCCAAGAAAACCGCCUGCAGAUUCUUGGCUCUGAAUUCGUUCUGUCCCAUAUAUAGUAUUUGCUUCACAGUCAAACGUCAUGAUGAUCUUGGUUGAGAUUUUUAUUUUUAACCUUUAAAGGGUUUCUUGUGUUCGUUUUCUUAACUGCCCAUGUGAUGGAAAGUUAGAAAUUUUCCCCAUAAACACUGACAAAUCUUGAUUUUUCACUCAUACACAUGUGCAGUGAUGUGAAAUGAGCCUAUGCAGAUUGUUUUUUUGACAAACACAAUUGAAGAGCCUUUGGAUUUCAGGAUCUUUUUCCUUUUCCUUUGUUUUUUCACCUUCUGGGAAUAGGAUUAAGAUUGCAAGAAAAGAGCCAUUUCCUUGUAUUUUGGUAAUAACUGCAAGUUUGAGUUAAAAAUGAUGCCAAGAUUGGGAAGUUUUGGCUCAUUGGAGGAAGGCCAAGUUCCCCCUGUUAGAAUCGUAAACCAAUCCAACAGGCACUUCCCCUUGAGAUUACUGCUUCUCUGGCUUUUGUUGGGAGUAGGCAUCACGUUUUCGUUUCUCAGUAUGUAUACUAGCUGGUGUGUCACCGAGCAGACAGUAGAUGUUCCCAUCACUCAAUCAAAAAUCCAACAAUGCUUUCAAGAAUCAGAUAAUGUACAGAGUUGGAUUAGAACUCGAUCCAGCCUUUUGCACGAAAUGAACGACAAGGAGCUUUUUUGGCGGGCGUCAUUUGUGCCUAAGAUCGAAAAGUAUCCAUUUGAUAGAACUCCCAAGAUUGCGUUCAUGUUCUUGACUAGAGGGUCUUUGCCUCUGGCACCUUUGUGGGAGAAGUUUCUAAAGGGGAAAGAGAAACUAUAUUCUGUCUAUAUCCAUUCCCUGCCUUGGUAUCAGCCAAAGUUUCUGCCUUCAUCAGCAUUUUAUGGCAGGCAAAUACGGAGCCAGGUGGCUGAGUGGGGAACGAUGAGCAUGUGCGAUGCUGAGAGACGGCUUCUUGCCAAUGCGCUGCUCGAUAUCUCCAAUGAAUGGUUCAUCCUCCUGUCAGAGGCCUGCAUUCCUCUCCAAAACUUCACCACCAUCUACAACUACCUAUCAAGAUCCCGUUUCAGCUUCAUAGGUGCAUUCGAUGAGCCCGGCCCUUACGGUAGAGGCCGAUACAACCCGAAAAUGAGGCCUGAGAUCAACAUCUCAAACUGGCGUAAAGGGUCCCAAUGGUUCGAGAUAAACAGAGAACUAGCAGUCAACAUCAUUCAAGAUACCUUUUACUACUCAAAAUUCGAGCAGUUCUGCAGACCAGAUUGCUAUGUCGAUGAGCACUACUUUCCGACCAUGCUCAGCAUCAAAUCCCCUCAUAUGUUGGCAAACAGAACACUCACAUGGGUCGAUUGGUCGAGGGGAGGCCCUCACCCGGCAACGUUUGAAGAAACGGACAUAACGGAUGAGCUUUUCAAGACAAUCUUGAAUGGUGGAACAUGCAUGUACAAUGAUCAGCCCACUAACCUCUGUUUCUUGUUUGCGAGGAAGUUUGCUCCCAAUGCUCUGGAUCAUUUGUUGCAACAUUCGUCGAAAUUUCUCGGAUUCUGAAUAAUGUUUGUUAAGAUUAGUACCCUCAGUACUGGUGCACGUUACAGAAGCAAGGCGGAGGAAGAAGAAGCUGCUGCAGAAGGAAACAGCGUGGCAGCAAGAGGAACAAACAAUAUUUAAGUCUCGUAGAAGUCGUUUUACAA